AGUGUGUGAGUGUGUGUGUUACAAUUUCCUUAGUCUCACACUGAUCUGCCUCUGAGAGUGUGUGUGAGUGUGUGUGUGUGGGACGAGAGGACCAAGAUGCAGGCCAUCAAGUGCGUGGUCGUGGGAGACGGGGCUGUGGGGAAAACAUGUCUACUCAUCAGCUACACAACCAACGCCUUCCCUGGAGAAUACAUUCCGACUGUUUUUGACAACUACUCGGCCAACGUUAUGGUGGACAGCAAGCCGGUCAAUCUGGGCCUCUGGGACACGGCCGGCCAGGAGGACUAUGACAGGCUCCGCCCACUGUCCUACCCCCAGACGGAUGUGUUUCUGAUUUGUUUCUCCCUGGUGAGUCCUGCGUCUCACGAGAACGUCCGAGCGAAGUGGUACAUGGAGGUGCGCCACCAUUGCCCAUCCACCCCCAUCAUCUUGGUGGGCACCAAGCUGGACCUGAGGGACGACAAAGACACCAUCGACAAGCUGAAGGAGAAGAAGCUGUCGCCCAUCACGUAUCCGCAAGGCCUCGCUCUGGCCAAAGACAUCGAUGCGGUCAAGUACCUGGAGUGCUCAGCGCUGACUCAGCGAGGUCUGAAGACGGUGUUCGAUGAAGCCAUCAGAGCGGUCCUCAUUCCUCAGCCCCCCAAAACCAAGAAGAAAACAUGCUCCAUGCUUUGAGGAAGUAAUAGCACAAGAUGUACUUUUAAAGGUGCCGUGUUUUUACUGUAAUUAUUCUUCUUUUUUUUUCCCAACAAUAUUGUACUGGAAGUUAGCUUAAAAGUGUUUUUAAAAAAGCCACUGAACACGUCGUUUUGUGUGUCUGUAGCUUUAAUGCUAAUGUGAUGUGUCGCCAACUAUGUGUGAUAAAAAAGUACUCGUGUGUACUUUAUCCACUUGUCCAGUGUCAUAGAUGUUGUAUAUCACAAACAACAAUACAACAUUAAGGAGUGGAACAGGCUAACGUUAGGAACAAUAGCUAAAGUAUGUGAUGCUACAUGCUAACAUUACAUUUUAACAUCAUGCUAGGUUACUAAAUUUAAUAUACUGUAGCUAUGUGAGCUACAUGCUAGCAUUACAUUUUAACAUCAUGCUAGGUUAGUCAAGUUAAUAUAGCUACAUGAGCUACAUGCUAACAUUACAUUUUAACAUCAUGCUAGGUUAGUCAAGUUAAUAUAGCUACAUGAGCUACAUGCUAACAUUACAUUUUAACAUCAUGCUAGGUUAGUGAAGUUAGUAUAGCUAUGUGAGCUACAUGCUAACAUUACAUUUUAACAUCAUGCUAAGUAAGUAAAGUUAAUAUAGCUAUGUGAGCUAUAAGCUAACAUUGCAUUUUAACAUCAUGCUAGGUUACUAAAGUUAGUAUAGCUAUGUGAGCUAUAUGCUAACAUUGCAUUUUAACAUCAUGCCAGGUUAGUAAAGUUAGUAUAGCUACGUGAGCUACAUGCUAACAUUACAUUUUAACAUCAUGCUAGGUUAGUGAAGUUAGUAUAGCUAUGUGAGCUACAUGCUAACAAUACAUUUUAACACCAUGCCAUGUAAGUAAAGUUAAUAUAGCUAUGUGAGCUACAUGCUAACAAUACAUUUUAACAUCAUGCUAGGUUAGUUAAGUUAGUAUAGUUACAUGAGCUACAUGCUAACAUUACAUUUUAACAUCAUGCUAAGUAAGUAAAGUUAAUAUAGCUAUGUGAGCUAUAAGCUAACAUUGCAUUUUAACAUCAUGCUAGGUUACUAAAGUUAGUAUAGCUAUGUGAGCUAUAUGCUAACAUUGCAUUUUAACAUCAUGCCAGGUUAGUAAAGUUAGUAUAGCUACGUGAGCUACAUGCUAACAUUACAUUUUAACAUCAUGCUAGGUUAGUGAAGUUAGUAUAGCUAUGUGAGCUACAUGCUAACAAUACAUUUUAACACCAUGCCAUGUAAGUAAAGUUAAUAUAGCUAUGUGAGCUACAUGCUAACAAUACAUUUUAACAUCAUGCUAGGUUAGUCAAGUUAAUAUAGCUACAUGAGCUACAUGCUAACAUUACAUUUUAACAUCAUGCUAGGUUAGUGAAGUUAGUAUAGCUAUGUGAGCUACAUGCUAACAUUACAUUUUAACAUCAUGCUAAGUAAGUAAAGUUAAUAUAGCUAUGUGAGCUAUAAGCUAACAUUGCAUUUUAACAUCAUGCGAGGUUACUAAAGUUAGUAUAGCUAUGUGAGCUAUAUGCUAACAUUGCAUUUUAACAUCAUGCCAGGUUAGUAAAGUUAGUAUAGCUACGUGAGCUACAUGCUAACAUUACAUUUUAACAUCAUGCUAGGUUAGUGAAGUUAGUAUAGCUAUGUGAGCUACAUGCUAACAAUACAUUUUAACACCAUGCCAUGUAAGUAAAGUUAAUAUACCUAUGUGAGCUACAUGCUAACAAUACAUUUUAACAUCAUGCUAGGUUAGUUAAGUUAGUAUAGUUACGUGAGCUACAUGCUAACAUUACAUUUUAACAUCAUGCUAGGUUAGUGAAGUUAGCAUAGCUAUGUGAGCUACAUGCUAACAUUACAUUUUAACAUCAUGCUAAGUAAGUAAAGUUAAUAUAGCUAUGUGAGCUAUAUGCUAACAUUGCAUUUUAACAUCAUGCUAGGUUAGUAAAGUUAGUAUAGCUAUGUGAGCUAUAUGCUAACAUUGCAUUUUAACAUCAUGCUAGGUUAGUCAAGUUAGUAUAGCUAUGUGAGCUACAUGCUAACAUUACAUUUUAACAUCAUGCUAGGUUAGUAAAGUUCAUAUAGCUACGUGAGCUACAUGCUAACAUUGCAUUUUAACAUCAUGCUAGGUUAGUAAAGUUAGUAUAGCUACAUGAGCUACAUGCUAACAUUAAAUUUUAGCAUCAUGCUAGGUUAGUAAAGUUAGUAUAGCUACAUGAGCUACAUGCUAACAUUACAUUUUAGCAUCAUGCUAGGUUAGUAAAGUUAGUAUAGCUAUGUGAGCUAUAUGCUAACAUUGCAUUUUAACAUCAUGCUAGGUUAGUAAAGUUAAUAUAGCUACAUGAGCUACAUGCUAACAUUGCAUUUUAACGUCAUGCUACGUUAGUGAAGUUAGUAUAGCUAUGUUGGCUGCAUGCUAACAUUACAUUUUAACAUCAUGCUAGGUUACUAAAGUUCAUAUAGCUACUUGAGCUACAUGCUAACAUUGCAUUUUAACAUAAUGCUAGGUUAGUAAAGUUAGUAUAACUAUGUGACCUACAUGCUAACAUUACAUUUUAACAUCGUGCCAGGUUGGUAAAGUUAAUAUAGCUAUGUGAGCUACAUGCUAACAUUACAUUUUAGCAUCAUGCUAGGUUAGUAAAGUUAGUAUAGCUAUGUGAGCUAUAUGCUAACAUUGCAUUUUAACAUCAUGCUAGGUUAGUAAAGUUAAUAUAGCUACAUGAGCUACAUGCUAACAUUGCAUUUUAACGUCAUGCUACGUUAGUGAAGUUAGUAUAGCUAUGUUGGCUGCAUGCUAACAUUACAUUUUAACAUCAUGCUAGGUUACUAAAGUUCAUAUAGCUACUUGAGCUACAUGCUAACAUUGCAUUUUAACAUAAUGCUAGGUUAGUAAAGUUAGUAUAACUAUGUGACCUACAUGCUAACAUUACAUUUUAACAUCGUGCCAGGUUGGUAAAGUUAAUAUAGCUAUGUGAGCUACAUGCUAACAUUGCAUUUUAACACCAUGCUAGGUUAGUAAAGUUAGAAUAGAUAUGUUGGCUACAUGCUAACAUUACAUUUUAACAUCAUGCUAGGUUUGUGAAGUUAGUAUAACUACGUGAGCCACAUGCUAACAUUGCAUUUUAACAUCAUGCUAAGUUACUAAAUUUAAUAUAGCUAUGUGAGCUACGUGCUAACAUUACAUUUUAACAUCAUGCUGGGUUCGUGACGUUAGUAUAGCUACGUGAGCCACAUGUUAACAUUGCAUUUUAACAUCAUGCUAGGUUACUAAAUUUAGCAUAGCUAUGUGAGCUACGUGCUAACAUUACAUUUUAACAUCAUGUUGUUUAAAUUAGCUACACCUCUGUGAACGUCACAGCAUGUUCCAUAUCUGUAAAGUACUUAAACACCUGCGGUACAAAACUUCACUUCACUUUUAUAAACCCUUAGCCACUUCAAAUUGUGAACAAACGUAAAAGUCAUGGAGGUCACAGACAUGCUAAUAAUGCAAGCUCGCCAAAGUGUUUGAUAAAUGUGUGUUCUUUGUUGUGAUUAAAAUACACAAAAAGCC